AUGUCGAAUAACGAUGAUUUUCGACGACACCGUAAAAAGCCAUCGCAGAUUGUUAAUCGUUUUAUUUUUAAAGGGAGUGCUUGGGUCAUUUACGCGAUCGCCCACGGACUCCACUUCUUUAAGUUGCGAUACAAUGAGCGUUCAAAUCAAUUGGAGGAAGUUCAGCACCACCGAAUAUGGUCGAAGAUUGUGGUUGCCAUCAAGGUACUGCUAAUUGCUGGCCAAUAUGUGCACUACUUCGUGCUCGUAGUGGCCAUAUACAUUUACACAAGGUUGAUGAAUGGAAGUACUGCCCAGAACUUGGUCAUGAGUGUUCUUAUGCAGGGAAUAGGAAUCAACGUUCUGCGACGCUUGGUAAUCUUUCUGCACGCAAAAAGUGAUCGGAGACUUGUGAAGCAUAUAGUAAACGAGAUCCUAAAAAUCACCAGCGUGAUAGAGCGAAAGAUCGGAAUGGUAUACAGCUGCGAUCCAGUUCUACUUACAGUAUAUCUGUGCAAACUGUGGUUACUCUACAUCCUGCUGGACUCCCUGUGGAACCAUUCCUACUUCCUGCUGCUCAACUUUCUCUACUGGGUGCUACUGGAGUACUGCUUCGCUGGAUAUUUUAUGUACCAACUGAUACUUUUAAGCUGGUACAGCAGCAUUAUCAGAUUUCUGCAGCGUUUCAUCGACGACAAUGAGAACCGAAUGGACAUUGAGAGCCAAUAUCAUCGGCGAUUGUUCUUGCUUCUGGAGUUGCAUCUCCGCAUUAACAAUUUGCACAAAUGUAUCAAGGACGAAUUGAGUUGGCUUUUGACAUCCAUUUACCUGAUGAUCUUCACAAGCAUCUUCAAUAUGGAACUGCUUAUCGAGUGCACUCUUUUUGCCGAGGACGAGCUGGAGAACAAGCUUUACAUCAUUGCAGAUGGAUGUUUGGGACCUGUGUUUAUUCCGAUCCUAUAUGUUCUUAUCCUGGGGAUGUGUACUGACCGGUUUCGUGAUGCUGAACUGCAACUGCAACAGCUCAUUGUAAUCAUUCAAGGGCUUUAUACGAGAAAAGCAAAACCACGAACUCUAGCCGUUAUUGUUCUUGACAACGAGCAUACCUCUUUAAUACUGCAUCAGAAACUAGAGCCACUACAAAAUAGGAUAAUCUUAGGCACCACCUGCGAUCGUCAGUUUGUCAUGGAGUAUAUUUUAACCGUGAUACUAACGGCACUUUCGCUUGUACAGUACACUAUAUCAUGUGGCCAAUCUAUAAGCGAGUGUGUGACCCAUAAGUAA